GUUUGUGUGUUGUGUUCCGUGUGGACAGACGGAGGAGGCGUGUGACAACAAUAAACGACCACCUGCACCACCAAAUGUUAUUAGCCAACAAGAAGACCUCGUUGAUUCCCAGCAGACACGACUGGAACUAAGGACGCUGUCAACGUUUAAAAAACCCGAAGCUCAGCGGCUAGCUAUGGGGCGGGGUCCCAGCAAGUGUGAUGAUGGCAGCGGGGGGGCGGGGUCACAGCACAGUGGCAGUGGCCAGGACAGUGACAGCCGGCCUAUAAUUGACAAGAAUGACAGCAGGAGACGGAGCUCUGGAGAGACGGCGCACUGUCCCACCUGCCAGGGUACUGGACGUAUACCCAGAGGUCAGGAGUGCAAGCUGGUGGCUGUCAUCUCCUGUAAUGACCAGCGGCUGAGACCCAGACACACGAAGCUUUACGUUGCUGUGUCUGUUGGUGUGUGCCUCCUGGUCAGCUCCUUGGUGUUGUUCUUCCUGUUUCCUCGCUCUGUCCUCCUUUCUCCAGUAUCCGUCAAGUCAUCCUUCGUUUACUUCACUGACGACUACGUCCAAAUUAACAUCACGAAUGUGCUGAACAUCACCAACCGCAACUUUGCGACGGUGCACGCCUACAAUCUGACGGUACAGGCCCUGAACUUCGAAAUGGUGGUGGGAACAGUUUCCAUUGAGAACGUCACCUCUCUCAAACCUCUAUCCAUCAUAAUGUACUCCUUUGUGAUCCCCAUCAGGCUGAAAGACCCUGACCUGAGGAACUACUGCAGGAAGGCUUCCUUGCCGGUCCACAUUCUGUAUCUGCACUUACAGAUGUCUAUGACUGUGUACUACCUGGCCCACUAUGAGCAGCUCUCCCUGGAGACGUACGAGUACAUCGACUGUGGAGCAAACAGCACCGUACCACACAGUGUGCAGCCUCCACCACCCUGAUGGAUUGAUGGAUGGGAUGGAUGGAUGGAAUGGAUGGAAAGGAAAGAUGAAUCUGAGUGACUAAAUGAAGAAUAGACUAUUUAUACCCCAUCCUAUUGUGAGGGAAGGAUAAGUACAAGUGCACCACUCUCACCAUCUCUACCUUACUCGUACUUGUACAGUGAACUAAACCCAGAAAGAAAAUUGACAUUGAUUGGAUGUCGAUAAAAGGCCAACGGCAAGGUUAAAGCAGCGAGGAUACUGUGACAGUAUGAAUGUUGGAUCAGAAUUGCCCCCCCUCCGAGUUCCUGAAAAUAUUCUGAAUCAGUCCCGAGCUUUUGUUAUUGAAAGUUAUCGGUUAUGUGAAAACGUUGUGGUCGUUUGUGUUGAAAACUGUCUGAAAAGCCAUAUUUAAUAACUGCAAGAGCAUCUAAUAUUGCUUAAUUACGUUUUGUAAUUGUUACAUGAGCGGAAAAAGUAAGGUACUUCACAGGUAUCGACCAAUUACCGGCCUGGCCGAUUAUCGGGGGCCGAUAUUUGGCAAUUAGCAGAUUAUCUGUAUUAGUGUUUUAUUUUAGUUAAUGAAUUAAAAAGUAUGCUACUUUG